AUGGGGUAUGAGACCGUACGAGUCUACGCCCCAGCUCGAGGACACGACGACCGGCGAGUAAUCAGGCCGAACGUAGUCGUCUCCACGAAGAACUUGAACCGCGGGAUCGAGGGCCAGGUCAGAGAGAUGAACGCCUACACGAAGGUGUUCGGGAGUGUGAGCGCCUUCAAGUACCAGGCGAAGAAGACGGGCAAGAGCAUGAUCGACUACGAAGAGGAGCUGGACUACGCUCCAAGCUCCCAGAGGCGUAUGUACAUCCCCCCGAAUGUGUAUAAUGAUGAGAGUAAUAACGCCAGGACUGUCAAUUGCAACUACGGGAUCGCGAGGAUACUCAACUUGAAGCACAAGCCGUCGCUCAAGCAACAAUACCCCAAUAACUGA